GCUCGUGCACGCUCCCGUUCGCUCCCCCUCCUCCGGUCGGGUCGGUGGGUGGUCGGUGGGUGGCGGCUCCUCUCUCGGUUCUGCUGCGCCGCGAGGCUCGGUUUCUCCUCCGCUGACAGCCCCGGCCCCGGUCCCGGUCCCGGUCCCGGUCCCGCGCUCCUUCUGUCCCCUCGCGAAGCCUCCAGACCCGCCUCUCGGUCCAGGAUGGGCUGCAGCGUCCCGGUUCUGCUGUCGGUCCUGUGCGCGCGGCUCGCGCUCGGAGUCCCGGACGGAGCGGACGUCCAAGUGCUGGACGUUCUGGGCCUGCAGGACUCUAAGCAGACGGCGGCGGCGGUGGAGGCGCUGGCGGCCGGUCUGAGCGCGCUCAGUGACGUCUACGUGGCGUCCACCUUCCGGCUGCCGUCCAAGCUGGGCGGCGUCCUGCUGGGCGUCUACAGCAAGCAGGACAACCGCAAGUACCUGGAGCUCGCCGUCAUGGGGAAGAUCAACAAAGUUCUCCUCCGGUACGUCCGAGCUGAUGGGAAGAUCCACACGGUGAACCUCCAGAACCAGAACCUGGGAGACGGUCGGACUCACUCCAUCAUCCUUCGUCUGGGCGGCCUGCAGCGCGACCUCAUGACCUCCGAGCUGUACGUGGACUGCCGGCUGGCCGACUCCAGCCGAGGCCUCCCCCACCUGCUGCCGCUGCCGCGCGACGCCGACAUGGUGGAGCUGCGACACGGACAGAAGGCCUACGCCCGACUGCAGGGCUCGGUGGAGUCCCUCCGGAUGGUUCUCGGGGGAACCGUUGCUAAAGCCGGGUCUCUGACCGACUGUCCGUUCCAAGGAGACUCGUCGUCCUACAACACAGUGAGCGGGGAGGUGAACUCCAUCCUGGGUGACCACACCAAGGCCCUGAUUGGACAGCUCAUCAUCUUCAACCAGAUCCUGGGAGAGCUGAGACAGGACAUCCGGGAACAGGUGAAAGAGAUGUCUCUGAUCAGAAACACCAUCCUGGAGUGUCAAGUGUGCGGGUUCCAUGAGCCUCGGUCCCGCUGUUCUCCUAACCCCUGCUACCGAGGCGUCCCCUGCAUGGACAGCCUCCAUUACCCAGGAUUCACCUGUGGACCGUGUCCACCUGGGACCAGCGGCAACGGGACGCACUGCAGUGACAUCAACGAGUGUGACCUGCAGCCCUGCUUCUCCCCGGACGCCUGCAUCAACACCGUGGGCGGGUUCAGCUGCCAGCCGUGUCCUCCGGGCCUGUGGGGGGCGCCGCUGGUCGGGACCGGUCUGGACUAUGCCAAGUCGCACAGACAGGAGUGCAGCGACAUCGACGAGUGUCUGGAGCUGCCCGGCGCCUGCGUGCAGAACUCCGUGUGCAUCAACACCGUGGGUUCCUACAAGUGUGGAGGCUGUAAACCCGGUUUCCUCGGUAACCAGACAGCGGGCUGCUUCCCAAGGAAGUCAUGUGCGGCACUGACCUUUAACCCCUGUGAUGUCAACGCCCACUGUGCCAUGGAGAGGAACGGCGAGGUGUCGUGUCGGUGUAACGUGGGCUGGGCCGGUAACGGGAACACGUGUGGGAUGGACACGGACAUUGACGGCUACCCGGACCGUUCUCUUCCCUGCAUAGACAACAACAAACACUGCAAACAGGACAACUGCGUCCUCACUCCAAACUCAGGUCAAGAGGAUGCUGACAACGACGGCAUCGGAGACCAGUGUGACGAGGACGCAGACGGGGACGGCAUCAAGAACGUGGAGGAUAACUGCCGGCUGGUGCCGAACAAAGACCAGCAGAACUCGGACAGCGACUCGUUCGGAGACGCCUGUGAUAACUGUCCCAACGUCCCCAACAGCGACCAGAAGGACACGGACAGCAACGGUCAGGGGGACGCCUGCGACCAGGACAUCGACGGAGACGGUAUCCCCAACGUCCUGGACAACUGUCCCAAGGUGCCGAACCCCAUGCAGACGGACAGAGACCGAGACGGGGUGGGAGACGCCUGCGACAGCUGCCCUGAGCUCAGUAACCCCAUGCAGACGGAUGUUGACGACGACCUGGUGGGAGACGUCUGCGACACCAAUCAAGACACGGACGGGGACGGUCUCCAGGACAGCAGGGACAACUGUCCCGACAUCCCCAACAGCUCCCAGCUGGACUCCGACAACGACGGCCUCGGGGACGACUGCGACCACGACGACGACAACGACGGCGUCCUGGACGACCAUGACAACUGCAGACUCAUCGUCAACCCCAACCAGAAGGACUCGGACAUGAACGGCGUCGGAGACGUCUGCGAGAACGACUUCGAUAACGACGCCGUCAUGGAUCUGAUCGACGUGUGCCCGGAGAGCGCCGAGGUCACGCUGACGGACUUCAGAGCCUAUCAGACGGUCAUCCUGGACCCCGAGGGCGACGCCCAGAUCGACCCCAACUGGGUGGUGCUGAAUCAGGGCAUGGAGAUCGUGCAGACCAUGAACAGCGAUCCCGGCUUAGCCGUCGGCUACACGGCCUUCAACGGCGUCGACUUCGAGGGAACGUUCCACGUCAACACGGUGACGGACGACGACUACGCCGGCUUCAUCUUCGGCUACCAGGACUCGUCCAGCUUCUACGUGGUGAUGUGGAAGCAGACGGAGCAGGCGUACUGGCAGUCGCUGCCGUUCAGGGCCACGGCCCAGCCGGCGCUGCAGCUCAAGGCGGUGAAGUCCCGGACCGGGCCCGGGGAGUUCCUGCGGAACGCCCUGUGGCACACCGGAGACACUCCCGGAGAGGUGAAGCUGCUCUGGAAGGAUCCGCGGAACCUCGGCUGGAAGGACAAGACCUCGUACCGCUGGCAGCUCAGCCACCGGCCGCAGGUGGGAUACAUGAGGGUGAAGCUGUUCGAGGGGACGGACAUGGUGGCUGACUCAGGUGUGGUGGUGGACACCACCAUGAGAGGAGGACGACUCGGCGUCUUCUGCUUCUCUCAGGAAAACAUCAUCUGGUCCAACCUGCGCUACAGAUGCAACGACACGGUGCCUGAAGACUUCCAGAACCACCGGAAACAGGUCAUGAUGCACAUUCAGGUCUGAGCAGAUGGACUGUUCACUCAGACCCCACACACACACACACACGCACGCACACACACACACACACACACACACACACACACACACACACACACACACACACACACACACACAAACACACACCACACACACCGCACACACUUUCCAACCAUCACUGCCCAAAACGAUCAAACCAGAGGAACAGAGAGGGUUCUGGGAGUUCUGUGGUUCUUUCACAUGCUGGGAGCCGAUAAGCUAACGACAAGCCAAACUCAUGUUCCAUGGAAAUUCAAAUGUACAGAUCUUUAUUGAAAUAAACAACCCGAGCGCCGCUCGU